CAGAGGGCCACGUACCAGAAAGCCACGUGAGCAGGACCAGACGACAAGCACCUGCAGCCGAGUCCCAAAGGAAUGACCAGCCCGCUCAUGUCCAGCCCUCCACUGGCCCGCACUUGCCCCUGUCCCCGGAGGAGGCCGCGGACCCAGACAGAGCUGCUCAGAAGGAGAGGCUCCAUGCGGAGCUGAAGCGGGUCCUGCAGCGGAAGGGGGCCAGCCGGGCCAGCUCCGAAGAGGCGGUGGAAGAGAAGGUGGAAGAGGAGGAGACCCAGGCUCCAGGGGGGAUGGAGGCCCAGCUCCGCAAGAUGGAGAAGACCAUCGAGACGUCGGAGCUCUUGGAGAUCAUCGUGGAGACGGAGGCCGAGGCCGGGGUCAGCGGCAUGAGCGUGGCCGGAGGAGGGAAGCAAGGCCUCUUCGUCAAGGACGUGCUGAAGGGCUCCCCGGCCGCUCGGGCCCUGAGCCUCAAGGAAGGCGACCAGCUCCUGAGCGCCAGGGUCUAUUUCGACAACAUGAAGUACGAAGACGCCCUGCAGAUCCUCAAGAGCGCCGAGCCGUACAAGGUCUCCUUCUGCCUGAAGCGGACCGUCCCCAGCACCGACGUGACUCGCAGCCCCGGAGCCCCCACCUUCGAAGUGAGGGGGCCGAGAGCCAAAAUGGCCAAGCUGAACAUCCAGAGCUUGAAGAAGAAGAAGGCCAAGAAGGCCGGGAAGGGCUUGGCCAAGGACCUGCGGGAGGGGGAGGCCCCCGGCGGCAAGCUGGAGGUGGCGCCGGUGGACGUGGAGUUCUCCCUGCCCAAGUUCUCCAAGCUGCGCAAGGCCCGGAGCGCCGGGGAGGUGGCGGCGGCGGCCCGGCCCAGCCCGGAUCUCUCUCCCCUCCUCUCCUCCCUGGACACCAAGCGCCGCAAGCUGAGGCUCCCCAGGCUGAAGGUCAAAGAAGCCCUGGCUGCAAGGGCAGCGGCGGCAGGGAGACUGGAGGGGGCCCCGCCCAAACCUGCUCCAGAAGGGGCCGCUGGGGCGAAAGGCUCCCGAUUCACCAUCCCCUUCGCCAAAGGCAAGAAGCCCAAAGAGGAGGCGACGGCGGCAGUGGGACUCCGCCCCCCGCAGGUGGAACUCGACCUCCCCAUGCCCAAAGUCGGCCCCGGCAGAGAGUCUCCCAGGGCCGGUCACAAAGGCGCGGUGGUCCAAGUCCCGCCGCUUGGGCUGCCCGAGGUGGAGGUGGUCCUGCCCAGAGGAGGCCCCAAAGGAGCGCCGGAAGAGGGCUCCCUGGCGGGGCUGAGCCUCCCGACAGCGGAAGUGGCGGCCCCCGAGGUGGACGUGGCCCUGAGCCUCCCCAGUCUAGAGGGGAGGCCCCCCCCAGAGGUUGCCCUCCUCAGAGGGGAAGGCCUCCAGAUCAAAGUCCCCAAGGUGGGGGUCUCUGCCGAAGGGGCCGAGAGAAAGCCGCCCCUCCUCGACGUCAUCUUAGGGAAAGGGAGGGGCCGGGCGGAGGGGCCGGAGGAGCAGGCGACGCUGCCACUGGUGUCCCUGGGGGUGGGGCUCCCUUCUGUAGGCGUAGAGAUCCCUUUGCCCGGGGGGAAGGCCGAAGCCGAGGCGCCCAAGCCCACCAUUGAGAUCCCAGAGGUCUCGAUAAAGGUGCCCAGCCUCAGCCUACCCAAGCUGGGCGCCCGGGAGGGGGAAGGGGAGAGCCGGGUGCCCCAAGUGGAGCUCUCCGUGGGACAGCGGGAGAGCCCCAAGGCCAAGGGCCAGACCCCGGGCUUUGGGAUCUCCUUGACGGAGCGCAAGCCAGAGGCCCGAGAGGAGAGCAAGGCGAAGUCCCUGGGCUUCAAGAUGCCCUCCCUCGACAUCGCUGCCCCCAAGGUCUCCGACAUGCAGCUCCCGAAGGCCUUGGGGGGGCCGGAGGAAGCCGUGGAAGGGCCCCGGUUCAAGCUCCAGGUGCCCCAGGUGUCGCUCCCCAAGUGCAGCCUCCCCACCCAGGCGGUGCCCCCCCCACCCCCCCCAGGGCCAAAGAAGCCCGAAGGCGAAGCUGGUGGGAAGGGGGGGGUCCCCGCCCUGGCUCUGUCCCUGCCGGCAGUGAAGCCCCCGGAAGUGCAGCUCCCCAAAGGCCACGUGCCGAAGCCAGAGCUGGAGCUCUGCGUGGACAGGCCGCGGGUGGAGGUGGCCCUUCCUGCCGCCCAGCGGCUGAGUUUUCCUGUGGCCACCGUGCCAGCCCUUGAGCUUGACCUGCCCAGAGCUGGGAUUGAACUUGGUUUGCCCAAGGGGCCCGAUCACCCACCCAGGGACCACGGGGAUAAGCUGAAGAUGCCCGCCCUCGAGGCCCUGAGCAAAGACCUGGCCGUAGAGGUCAGCGUCCCCAAAUGCAGAGAAGAGCCGCUGGGUCCAGAGGCCCCCGAGGGGCUGGGCGUGGGGGCCAUCGUGGCCAAAAUCCCCCAGGUGGAUCUCGCUUUCGGCAAAGAGGAAGCGGCAGAGGCGAAGCUGCCUUCCGUGGAGGUCUCGGCUGUCAAGCUCCCGCGGGUGACCAUAGAGAGGGGCAGAUCCCCCGAGGCGGAAGCCAAGCUGAAGUCGCCCAAAUUUGCCCUCCCCAAGUUCAGCCUUUCCGGUCCCAAGGCCUGGAAGGUGAGCACAGAGCUGUUUGGGGCGGCACAGGGGGGAGGCCCCGACGAGGCAGACAAAGGGUCCAAGUUGAAGCUGCCGAAGUUCGGGAUCUCCUUCCCCAAAUCCAAGGGGGGUGCAGACGCAGAGGGCCCCCAGCCAGGCCCAGGGGAGAGGAGGAGCCGUCCCGGCGAGGAGGGGGAGCCCGCGGAGAGCCGGAUGAAGCUGCCCUCUGUGGGGCUGCCCAAGGUGGACGUCGGGGUGCCCCAGCUGGGCCUUGGCCUACCCACUGGCAAAGCGGAGUCCUCUGACGAAGAAGGUGCCGGCGCCGUGCCCGAGCUCGGCCUAGAGCUCCCCGACAUCAAGCGGAAGAUGCCCAAGUUCUCCUUGCCCAAAUUCGGGGGCAAAGACAAGGAGGGCGACGUGGAGCUCGAGACGGGGGAGGCCCUGGCAGGCGAGCGGAAGGGCAAGGCCUCCAAGUUCAAAGUGGCGCUGUUUGGCAUGGCCGGCCGGGACCUGGAGGGGGCAGGCCCGGGCGGGGAGGGCAAGGCCCGGGCAGGGGCCGAGAGCCCCAAGGAGAAGCCGAGGGGCCCCCUGGUCAAGAUGCCGAAGCUGAAGUUGCCCUCCCCCAAGGCGGAGCUGGGCCAGGGGCACGUCCCCCAGGUGGAGCUGCCCAAGAUCAGCCUCCCGGGGGCCUCGGCAGAGGAGGCCCUGCUCGUGGGGUCAGAGAGCCUCAAGGCCAAAGUGCCCUCGUUGGAGGUCGCCAUGCCUGGCGCGACAACCAAAGGGGAGCCAGCCCCAGGGAGGCCCCGGGCCAGAGCCUCAGGGGCAGACCACAGAAGACACGAGGCAGGACCGAAGAUCACCCAAGCACCUUCUCUGGGCGUUUCCGCCCCCAAAGUGGAGCUGGACCUGAGCCUGCCCACCGUCGGGGCAGAGGCCCCCGUGCCACGCGGAGCCCCCGGGGCAGAGGCCAAGACCCAGCUGCCACAGGUGGAGCUGCCGACGUUUGGCAGGGGAGGAGAGCAGGGCGCCGCGGAGGCCUCCAAGAUCCGGGUGCCCCAAGUGGACCUCUCCUUGCCCACGGCGCCGUCCUGGACUGAAGGAGAAGGGGUCGCUGCCGGGCCCGAUGGAGGGCUCCAUAUGCCUUCCGUGGAGCUACCCAAGUUCUCCACCCCUAAAGCGAGAGCCCCAGAGUGCGAGGGCGGCCUGGAAGGAGGGGGCAAGAUGCUGCCCGCGGUCGAGCUGAGCGGCCCGGCCCUCCACCUACCCAAAUUCAGAGGCCCCGGCUCGGAAGCGGAAGGGGAGGGAGACGACGACGUGGGCCUGCCCCAACUCGAGCUGAAGGUUCCCAAACUCGGAGGGAGCGCCGAGCGCCUGGGCGUGGAAGCGGGGGCCAAGGAGGGCCGGGCCACGGUGCCCUGUCCGCCGAGCAGCUUCGGCCUGUGCCGGGCAGAAGAGGAGGAGGAGGAGGCCGCCUUCGGCCCCGACAGCAAGUUCAAGCUGAAGAUGCCCUCGCUGAGCCUCUCCCGGGCGGGCGCGGAACCACGGGCGGACACCCAGCCCCUCUGCCCUUCCCGGAAGGAGGAGGAAGACGCCUCCUCCUCCUCCUCCUUCAGAAUGCCCCAGGUCACUCUGCCGGGGGUGGGGUUCUCUGUGGCCGAGUCAGGCGGGCAGAGGAAGGCCAAAGUCGAAGCGGGGAAACUGGCAAGUGCGGAAGGUCCGGAAGCGGAGGGGUCUGAGGCCAGGCUGAAGGUGCCCAAAAUCGAGAUCCCGGCGCUGGGGGUGUCGGCCGCCCCCCAAGACCCGGAGGGGAGGAAAGGCGCCUUCCGGGUGCCCGGCCUGGAGCUGGCCACGCCGACCCUCAAAGGUCACCAUGCGGAGUACGAGGUGGAGGGGGCCCAGCUCCGGCACGGGGGCUCCCAGGAGCCGGGAGGGGCCGGCGGGAAGAGCCCGGGGGGGGGAGGGGAGGCCUCCGAGGCGGAGGCGGGCAGGAAGUACAAGGUGAGGAUCCCCAAGUUCGGCCUCUCCUUGCCCAAAGCAGGGGAAGGCGCUCCGGGGGGGCAGGAAGGCGAGGCCAAGGCCAAGAGACCCGCUUUUGCGCUGGGGAGGCCCAAAGGGAGGGGGGCGGAGGGCUCUCCGGGGCUGCUGGAGGGCGAGGAGGAGGAGGAGGAGGAGGGCAAGGGGGUGAUGGGCAGGCUGAGGCUGGGGCUCUCCCGGCUGACGGGGGGCUCCGAGGCCGAGCUGGAGGAGGAGGAGGGUUCCCCCUCCGGGAGACGGCUGCCCAAGCUGGGCUUCUCCGACGGGGAGGGCCCCCCUGGGGCCGCGCUGCAGAACGGCACUCCGGACGGCCAGGGGAAGCUGGGGAAGGUCCGGCUGCCCCAGGUGGAGCUCUCCUCUCCCUCGGCGGCGGCGGCGGCAGGAGCCGAGGGCGACCCGGAGCUCAGCCUCAAGCUGGUGAGGGCCGAGGGGGAGGGAGAGGCGGCCAAGGAGGGGGGCCCCGGCGCCUUCGCGGCCCUCCGGUUCAAGCCCCCCAAGAUCACCUUCUCGGGCUUCAGGAAGAGGAACGGGGAGCCCGCCCCUGGGGCCGUGGUCGCCUCGGGGGCCCGGAUGGAGAUGGCCUCCCUGGAGAGGGGGGAGGCGGCCGCCAGGCCCCCCAAGUUCAAGUUCCCCAAGGUGGCCCUCAGCCCCAAGUCCCACGGCCUGCUGGAAAUCGCCUCCAGCCCGAAGGAGGGGGGGAGGCGGGGCUCCCACGAGGGCCUGAAGGUCCAGCUGCCCAGGGUGGGUUUCUCGGAGGAGGCGGGGGCCCCCGAAGGCCCGGGGAAAGCCACCGCCGCUGUGUGAGGCUGGGGGACCACCGCCCCGCUGCCCGCCAGAUAUUUAGCACUAACCACAAGCAGUGGGGUGGGGGGAGGCAGGCAGGCAGGAUGGGCGCCCCCACCCACCCACUUCUGCUGAGCUCCACCUCUGGGAGGGGGGGGUCUGUCUGUCUUCUCUGUGGACCAGGCAGGGGCCCCUCUCCGACUGCGCUCCUUUCACCCCUGCAAGCCGCCGCCCGGGACAGAUCCGCUUCUCUGCAGAACGCCGGGGCUGGCGUGGAACGUUCCUCUCGCUCUCCCUAAUGUCCGGCAGCGUGUUGUCCGCUAAUAACAGCUACUGAAGGGCGAUUGGAAGGACCAGGCAAAGGCCUCCUCCGCCCGCCCCCCCUUCCCUUAACAGCCUUUUAACUUGAGAACAGGGCCUCUUUGGCUGAGCACCCACUGCGCCCAGGGAAGAGGAGGGGGUGCUCUAGGCUGGGGUCAUU